UCGAAAUGGCAUUAGUUGCGCAGUGUCCAUAGCGCAGAAACAAACGUUAAACGCCAGUGAAGCAAAGUGAAUAAGACUGAUUUAAGUGAAAUGGGUUUGACCGGUAAAAAUGUGGUUUUCGUUGGCGGUUUGGGCUUCAUCGGCUACGAGGCCUGCAAACAGAUUAUGACCAAGAAUGUGUCGUCUUUCUUCGUGUUCGAUGUUUUGGAAAAUGCUGAGAACAUUAAGGCCCUGCAGGCCAUCAAUCCCAAGACCAAGGUGUACUACACCAAAUUCGACAUCACCAACAAGGAGAGUAUUAAGUCGGCACUCGCCGAUGUUGUCGCCAAAGUGCAAUACAUUGAUGUGCUCGUCAAUGGCGCCGGCAUACUCGCCGAUCCCAAUGUUGAGCUGACCAUGAACAUCAACUUGAUUGGUCUCAUACACACCACGCUCGAGGCCAUUCCACUCAUGGACAAGAACAAGAAGGGACGCGGCGGUCUGAUUGUUAAUAUUGCUUCUGUCCUAGGUUUGGAGCCCGCACCACCCACCGCCGUCUACUGCGCAUCGAAAUUCGGUGUUAUGGGCUUCUCGCGUUCACUUGGCGAUCCCUACUAUUACAACCUUACCGGCAUUGCUGUGGUCACUUUCUGUCCCGGUUUGACCGAAACGCCAUUGAAGAACAACAUUGCCACCAAAUACACUUUUGAGUACUCCAAGGUGAUUGGUGAGAAAUUGAACAACACCAAGACACAGAAACCAGAAGCUUGUGGCGCUCAUUUGGCUCAGGUGGUCGAGUCAGCCGAGAAUGGUGGCAUCUAUAUCAGCAACCAAGGCACUUUGUCCAAGGUCACACCCACCGUCUACUGGCAACCCACUUUCAACUAGGUUUUCCAGCGCAUAUCUGAGAUAUUUUUGAAUAUUGUAUAUACAUGUAAAUAUGUACAUACAUAUGUGUAAAUAUAUAUAUAUGUUAUUUAGUUUGUAAGUUAAAAGUCUGAAUUGAAUAAAUGUUCAUUAGUUUUGCAUCAAAA